CACCAUUUUCUCUCACUCAAAAACAUGGACUCAUCAUCUGAAACUUCCCCGGCUGCCCCUCUCCGCACCAUCCCCGGUUCAUACGGCAUUCCAUUUCUCCAACCGAUCAAAGACCGGUUGGAGUAUUUUUACGGCAAAGGUGGCCGAGACGAGUACUUCCACUCCCGCCUUCAGAAAUACCAAUCCACAGUCUUCCGAGCCAACAUGCCACCCGGCCCUUUCAUAAGCAGCAAUCCGAAAGUCAUUGUCCUCCUUGACGCCAAAAGCUUUCCCGUAUUGUUUGAUGUUUCCAAAGUCGAGAAGAAAGAUUUGUUCACAGGAACUUAUAUGCCGUCCACUAAACUCACAGGCGGAUACCGCGUACUCUCGUACCUCGACCCAUCCGAACCUAGACAUGCUCAACUUAAAAACCUCCUGUUUUUCAUGCUUAAAUCUUCAAGCGACCGAGUCAUUCCUCAAUUCGAAACCACUUACACCGAACUCUUUCAAGGCCUUGAAACCGAGUUAGCCAAAAACGGUAAAGCUAAGUUCAAUGACGUUGGUGAACAAGCCGCUUUCCGGUUUUUGGGCCGGGCUUAUUUUAACUCGAACCCGGAAGAAACAAAACUAGGAACGAGUGCUCCAACGUUGAUUAGCUCGUGGGUGUUAUUUAAUCUUGGCCCGAUACUCGACCUCGGACUUCCGUGGUUCUUGGAGGAACUUCUUCUACACACUUUUCGACUGCCUGCGUUCCUGAUAAAGAGUAGUUACAAUAAACUUUACAAUUAUUUUGAGUCGGUUGCCACUCCGAUUAUCGAGCAAGCAGAAACGUUAGGGGUUCCGAAAGAUGAAGCUUUGCAUAAUAUCUUGUUCGCGGUUUGCUUCAACACCUUUGGUGGGGUUAAGAUUCUCUUCCCCAAUACACUCAAAUGGAUCGGACUUGCUGGUGAGAGUUUGCAUACUCAACUAGCGGAAGAGAUCAGAGGUGCUAUAAAAUCGUAUGGCGAUGGUAAGGUGACGAUGGAAGCAAUCGAGCAGAUGCCAUUGACGAAGUCAGUCGUGUAUGAGUCCCUCAGGAUUGAUCCACCAGUACCUCCGCAAUAUGGAAAAGCCAAAAGCAACUUUACCAUCGAGUCACAUGACGCGACUUUCGAAGUCAAAAAAGGCGAAAUGUUAUUCGGGUAUCAACCGUUUGCAACAAGGGACCCAAAAGUAUUUGACCGACCUGAGGAAUUUGUCCCCGAUAGGUUCGUUGGGGAUGGCGAGGCGUUGUUAAAGUACGUCAUGUGGUCUAAUGGGCCAGAGACCGAGAGUCCAACACUUGAAAAUAAACAAUGUGCUGGAAAGAACUUUGUCGUGCUGAUAACGAGGUUGUUUGUCAUUGAACUUUUCCGACGAUAUGACUCUUUUGAAGUCGAUAUAGGCGAGUCUGCGUUGGGUGCGGCUGUUACACUUACGUCCCUGAAGAGAGCUAGUACAUGAUUGCAUCGAUAACUAAUUACCAUUUACUGGCACGUUAGUAAAAUGCAUGUUUGUUUUGUAUUUUCAAUAAAUAUAAAAUAAAGAGAUAAAAAGGGUUGGGGUGUUGAGAGGUGAGGAUCAAGUAUCAAGGUUGUUUGUAUUAUUCAUUCUGUGAUCACGUGUUGUCUUUGGCAUUUUAAG